AUGGUGAUGCAACUGGUUGACUUUUUGGUUGCCAAGCCCGUCGCCGCAAGUCGCAGCAGAGCCAUGCCCAAGUCCAAGAGACAACGCACCAAGCCGCUCACGCAGGCCAACAAGAAGGGCAACGAGCUCAAGCAGAACGUGGUGGACGCCAUCCGCAAUGCCGUCGACACGUACGAGUCGGCCUACGUCUUCAGCUUCCAGAACAUGCGCACCAACCACUUUAAGGAGGUGCGCAUGGACUUCAAGGACAGCCGCUUCUUCCUGGGCAAGAACAAGGUCAUGAAGCUCGCGCUCGGCCGCUCCAAGGAGGAGGAGUACGCCGAGAACCUCUUCCGCCUCUCCAAGGACGUCAGCGGCAACACCGGCCUGCUGUUCACCAGCAAGCCGCACGAGGAGGUCGCGGAAUACUUCGCUAAGCUCUCGGUCAGGGACUACCCGCGCUCGGGCUUUGUCGCCACCGAGACCGUCACGAUCCCAGAGGGUCCGCUGCCGCAGUUCAUUGGCAGCAUGCUCGAGUCGCUCCGCGGACUGGGCCUGCCUGUGGACCUGAAGAAGGGUGUCGUUGUGCUCAGCCGCAACUACACCAUCUGCAAGCCUGGACAGACGCUGACCCCCGAGCAGGCCAAGCUGCUGGUGCACUUCGACCGCAAGAUGGCCGAGUUCAAGCUCGUGAUGCUGAGUGUGUGGUCCAAGGACAAGUACCAGCGGCUCGCUGCCGAGGACGCCGUUACCACCGGCGACGACAACGACUCCGAUGAGGAUAUGUAA